GCCUUGCAGCACCUCACCAAUAAUCAAGUCACGGUAUAUUUGUCGCAACAUCCGAGUCUACCUACAUAUCAGUCCCCAGUCGCACUUGUCUUGUCGUCCAGCUGCCAGUCCAGACCGUCGCCGGCGUCGAGUCAAAGAACCUCACGGCAAGCCUCGAUACGACGGCCCCCGAAUCACUCUCGACGACCCAUGGCAUAAAAUGUCGACUCACUAUCCUUAAGACGCCCUUUGAUGAUUAGCGGUAGGGCCGCGACGAUCGCAAAAUGGAAGAGAGGCAAAUAUGGUACUAUGCGAAGCCUACGACGACCAUCAAAGCGCAAGCGCAUUGCACUCCUUUCACGCUUCCUUCGAACGGUAUCAUCUCGUUUGCGCUCUCUGAUGCUAUCACGCUCACGUCAAACGCUGUCUUCAAACCUCAAUGCACCGGCUCCAAUAAUAUACUGCUUACCAAUUCGGGCGCCCCCUCGAGUAUAACGUCCCUCCGCGAUCCUUUCUAUGCCUCAACUUUGCCUCAGUGCUACGCGCUGGCAGGAGCAACGGUUAUAGCAUACAUGCUCGUCAUUAUGCUUCUGAUUACGCCAAGAACCUUCCUGCUUCAGGGUGCUGUUGUUUUAGGACGUAGGGGCUUUACAAAUGGACCUUCUGGGAGCGAGGGUGCAAUCGGUAUUGGAGGACGACCGUGGUUACAAAAGGUGGCAGCGUUAACGGUUGCCAUAUCACUUUCUAUUGCCACUUCCGAUACAUUCAGAGUCGCUGAACGACAGUACGAUCUUGGAUUCAUGGAUGCACAGGCACUCCAGCAGGAAGUGGAGAAUGGAUUGAAGCUCAAGAUCAUCCGAGUCAUAUCAGAUACCUUUCUAUGGCUAGCGCAAGCACAAACCCUGAUAAGACUAUUCCCUCGUCAAAGGGAGAAAGUUAUCAUCAAGUGGACAGCUUUUGCGUUUAUCUUUUUUGAUGUCUUGUUUAGCGUUCUCAAUAAUUUUGUCUACGACGGAAGUUCUCGGCCUCGCAGCUUCGUGGAUGCAAUUCCAGCACUCAGCUACCUCUUUCAAUUGGCUCUCAGUCUCUUGUAUUGCGCCUGGGUCAUAUAUUAUUCCCUUACUAAGAGGCGUUUUGCCUUCUACCAUUCUGAGAUGAAAAACAUAUGUAUCGUGGCAUUCCUCUCGCUGGUGGCCGUGCUGGUACCGGUAGUCUUCUUUGUCUUGGACAUCUCGAAGCCAUCUCUUGCAUCGUGGGGCGACUAUGUACGUUGGGUUGGUGCAGCGGCAGCCAGUGUUGUGGUCUGGGAAUGGGUCGAAAGAAUUGAAGCUUUGGAAAGGAACGAGAAAAAGGAUGGAGUUCUCGGGAGAGAGAUAUUUGAUGGGGAUGAGAUGCUAGAUGUCACCCCGAGCUCAGACCCUCUGUGGCCACAUCGUCAGAGACGAAACGACAACAGUAAGGGCGGCGGUGGAACUGCCACGAAUGCCAGCGGGAUUUCGUGGCCUGCAAUCACUAGUCGUCAUAGGCCAAACAUUACGGAGGACGUCGAGGUUGAAGGAGGCCGGCCGAACCGUACCGCUCGAAACAAAGGAAAAAAGGCAGUCCGGACAAUACCACCUCUCUGGCCGACACGCCCACCUGCUGUAGCCACACCUGUCAGUAGAACAGAUACGGCUAGUGCUGAGAGUACCGUAUAUACUGUCUGGUAUCACCCAAUCAGUGAAGCGACACCGCCUGUCAGGGAAGAUUCUGGACGGCCAGGCCCCUCCCAAAGUAACGACAUAGAGGUUACAGGAACACAGAGUAUUAGCGAGGAGGAUGCAGAUGAACCUGGCAAGACGACGAGUAUAGAGCAGAUGACAGAAGAUCUGGGCUCCUUGCAAUCAGAGCAACGCCCUACGCCUUGGAAGGCAUUAGCUAAGGUGAAUCCUUUCCGGAAGAAAGUCCAGGGACUUCCGCGAGAAGUGUCGGCGUACACCGUGAGGCCGCUGCAGAUGGUGAAUGGACACGGCUCAUCACAUCGCUGGGACAUUCGGGCAAGAAUCGAGGACUUCGCUUCAAUUCAAGCGGAAAAGUUUAGGGAUAGAACUCGCCCAAGUGCUACUGGUGAACCACUCCCAGUCACCGUCAUUCCCGCGCCAAUUCGGCGGCGCAAUCUCGCUGCAGCAUUGGAAGAAUUGGAGGAAUUGGAAGAGGCUGAGAGAGGCCAGAGACCAUGGAGCUCCUCCGAAUCCACUCCUUGGGAAUCACUACCAAGUACGGGCUUGAGUCAGGCUCGGAUGCUAGAGGAGACCGACUCUGCGGGGCGCACUCAGCCCAGAUCGAGCGACCCAUAUACUCCAGACGACCUCAGCCGGCACUCCAUAACUCAGCGGGGAACAAUAUCAUUCGUCACUGCCGGUCAGGGUCGAAGAGAAGGGGACGAGGAUGUUACUUCGCAGCACGAAGAGCCACGUAGGAGUAGCCCUACAAGCUCACGCAGUUUCCACUUCCAGACUCGAAGUUCUACGUCGACUCACCCGGCUGGAUUGCCCGUGCUGACCAUUCCAGCUCCGCCGAGACGGCCGAGUCCUGAUGAGGAGUAGGAUCUUUCUGUUUCUGUCUUGCUUUCAGCGUGGCGCAUGGGGAGUUGACCAUGGUGCAUGGUUCCAAAAUCUGGGUCAGAGGAUAUUCGUGGGGCAUCUUUUAAAGGCGUAUCAAGGGGGGAAGGUUUUGACAGGCGAUCAGCCGGGGUGCACAGGGAGCACGCGGCGCAUAUGGCAGGGCUGCAUUGUAUAUGGCAUGGAAGAGAUCAUGAAUGACUGACUGCAUUGCAUUAUAUGAUUGUGCAUUUGGAAGUAUGAGAGACAUAGGUAGCAAUGCAAAUGAAUACCUUCCCUGCGG